AUGCGCUUCCCAGACGUGACGCCUGGAGGAGGCGGGGGAGCUGCCGACCCCGCCACCCCCGUCGGGAAGGCCGACGACGCCUUGGCUCUAGCCCACGGCGAUGACCUGACCGUCGAGUCCGUGAUCCAGUCGCUAUCCCCGACGUCGGUGAAGAGCGUCAUCUCCCGCGCCGCCGCCGACGCCGUCGCGGAGCUCCAAUCGAGGCUCGUCGCCGCCGAGCGCGCCCAACACGCCGCCGAGGACCGCGCACGAGCCGCCAAACGCGACGCCGCCGCCGCCGCAAAGGCCCACGACGCCGAGCGCCGGCGGUGGCAGACGCACUUCGAUCGGGUGCAAAGGGAAACGGAGCUCGUCAAGGUCAAGGUCGACGCCGUCAAGGCGGAGCACGCGUCGAACCUCCGGGAGCUCGUCCGGCGCAACGAGGACCUCGCCGCGGUGGGAGAGGCGCUGGAGCGCGAGCGAGAGGCCCGGGCGCGAUGCGAGGAACGAUUGCGCAAGGCGCAAAAGAUUGAGCGCGACGCGUUGGAAAGGUUAGCCGCCUCGGAGGAUUCGCUGGAGCUCGCGCUCGCCACGAACGCCGAGCGCGCGGCGAAGGCGGCGAGGCGCGCGAGGAAGUCCGCGAUGGACGCCGCCAGCGGCGCGGGGGGUUGGGACGAGGCGUACGCGGACGUGAAGGAGGAACUCGACGCGUUGCGAGAGACUCUGCGAAGGCGGGAAGCCGAUACGGCCGAGCUGGCGCGUAGGGCGGAUGCCGCCGAGGCUCGCGCGUUGGCCGCGGAGAACGCGGCGCUCGCCGCGGACGCGAACGCUCUGGCGAACGAGGUCAAGGAACUGCGCGCGAGCCAGAGCUCGAUGGCGCACGAGGUGGCGAGGGAGGUGACCGCGCGGGUCGUCGAGGAGGUCGGGGGGUCGGUCACGCCGAUGAAAUCUUCCGUCGCGAUCGCCCCCCCGUCCGGCAAAACCGGCCAAAACCGGGACCCGUCCGGCAUCGACCCCGCGCACCACGCGCUGCUGCUCGGGCAGUCGCACAGGAACCGCGCGGAGAUUGAGCGCCUGCAGAGGCUCUACGACGAGCGCGGCGAGCAGCUGCGGGAGUUGACUAAGGAGUUAAAAGGCGAGUGCAACGCUCGCGCCGAGGCGGAGGACAAAGCGCGAGCCGCCGAGGCGACGACGCUGCGGCUCAUGUCGCUGAAUAAGAACCUUCUGGACUCCUACCAGAAACUUCUGGACGAAAAGGCGAACGAUGCGGUCGGUCAGGGGCGGGCGGCGGCGGCGGCUGGGGGACGAAGCCGUCAGACGUCAGACGGCGGCGGUGGCGGGCUCGGGGUCGCGGAAACGUCGAGGGCGUCACACCUCCCGAGGGUCGCGACGCUCGCGCACUCGCGCGACGGCGGCGGUGGCGCCGGUCGCGUCGCGUCCGUCGCGUCCGUCGGUGCCGGCCGCGGAUCCCAGAGUGCGCCGAGGUGGAACUGGAACGGACCGAGGGGCACGCCGCCGCCACCGCCGCCGCGGCCGUCGCGGCUGCUCUUCGCGACGCCGCCGACGACGACCGAGAAGGCGCGGGGUGCCGAAGGGGGUGCCGACGGGGGUGCCGAUGACGCCACUGCUCGCGGCGCAUCCACCUCUUCGCUCAUGCCCUCGGUGUACCACCCGUCUUCCUCGAGGACCGCUGCGAGUACCCACGUCGAAGACGACUUCGAGGACGAGCUGAGACGUAGGGCGGAGUUUGCCGAGGCUGAGGCGGCGGCGAACAGGGCCGCCGCGGACGAGGCCAUGGCCGAGGUGCUGGACGGCCUGCGAAACGAGAUGGCGGCGAUGGACGGGGAGUACGCGUCGCUUCUGGCGUCGCUGAGAGACGCGUCCGCGAACGGGAAAGUUCCAGACGCGUCGCUGCGGAGCAAUCCCAUCGCGACGCCGGUUACGCCGAGCGCGAAGGAGCUGGAGUCGGCGGCGGCGCGGGCGGCGUGGUUGAUGGAGCGGAUGGAAGAGAAGGGGGCGCAGAUCGCCGCGUUGACGCGGACGCUGGAACGGUCCAAAGAAGACGCGGGGGACGGCGGCGACGUCGAACCCCGCGGGCCGCGGGACAGCGCCGCAUCCCGGACCCUCUGA